AUGAAACUAUCUGAUAUGCUAAGCUCUCAAAAGGAAGAAUCCACAAUUUCUCUCAAUCUCCCUCCACGGCCAAACUCAAAUCGGCAAUCAGUCAAGAUAUUCAAUCCUUUCCUUCUUGAAGCCAUGGGCGGGAAAGAAAUCAUUGUUGAGUCCUGCCACAUCUGCAAUGUCAAUUUUUCCCUCAUCAAAAAGAAAUACACUUGCAAAGAAUGCCAAGAACCCACAUGCAAAGAGCAUCUUGUAGUGCAAUCACGAGACGAACUAGAUAGGAUUUGUGAUAAAUGCAUGCAUGAGCGACUAUUAAAACAGAGAUUGGAUGCUGAUCAAGAAAUAAAAGACCAGAUUAUGAAUGAUAUUAUCAGGUCAAAAGAAGUUAGGGAGUCCAGAACACAGCUGCUUCACAAGGAAAGCACCAAGGAAAAGGCUUUAAGAAAAGAACUGAACGAAAUUUACAACAAAACCUCACAGGAAGAAGAAAAUCUGAAUAAGAAGUUAGCAGAGGAAAGCGAGGAGAAGCAGAAAUUGAAUGAAGAGCUGCAGAGAAUCAAGGGGCAACUUGACGCAACCAAGUACACAGAAAACGCGACGACCAGGUGGAUGGGGAAAGUGAAGAUGGAAUUAGACGAUAAAAGAAACAAAAUGAUAGAGAAGAAUAAGGAAAUAAAUGAGCUGGAAUCGAACUAUUUAGAGAUCAGAGAUUUUAUACAGACGAUGGUUCCAGUCAGGCUGGUGGAACAAGUGGUAUGCAGGCUCUGCCUACAGAAAGUCAAGCAUGCAUACGUUAAGAUGUUCAGCGAUGCAAUUGAUGAAGAAAAAAUUCCAGCUCCUUCGAAUCGAAGGCCAGAAGUCAUGAAGAGAGACUUAUGCGCAUGUUUUAUUUUUUAA